AUGGUCAUCAGCAGUGACGCCCGAGGGGAGGCGACUGCUCCCCAUGUCAACGGCUACUCAGGCAGUAAUUCAUACACGAUCUCAGAACAGCCGUUGUACACUCCACGUCCAGUCCGCAUCAUCACCAUUGGUGCAGGAGCAAGUGGACUGAACGUGGCCAGAAAUGUAAGCAGACACAUGAAGAACGUGGAGCUGCAGAUCUACGAGAAAAACGACGGUGUAGGCGGAACCUGGCUGGAGAACAGAUAUCCCGGUUGUGGAUGUGACAUUCCCUCCCACAACUACCAGUACUCAUGGGAGCUGAAUCCAGGGUGGAAACAGUACUAUUCCAGCCAGAGCGAGAUCGAGUCCUACUUUCGGCGGGCAGCCGAGAGGCACGAUCUAUUGAAAUUCAUCAAAUUCCGCCAUCAGGUCGUUGCGGCGGUAUGGGACGACGACGAAGGGAUCUGGAAGUUCGAAAUCGAGGAUUUGGUUACUGGCGAGAAGUUUCACGAUCAUGGCCACUUCUUCAUCAAUGCUUCGGGGUAUUUGAACAACUGGAAAUGGCCGGAGAUCCCAGGCCUGCACAGCUUCAAAGGCGAGCUGAUGCACAGCGCCGCCUGGAAGGAGGACACCGACCUCAAGGACAAACGUGUUGCCGUGCUGGGUUGUGGAUCGAGUGGGAUCCAGGUGGUGGCGAGGAUCCAGCCUGAAGUCAAACACCUAACCACAUUCAUACGCACGCCGACGUGGGUGACGGCCGGGUUUGGAUCCAAGUACGCCGGGCCGGGAGGCACAAACUUCACAUUUCCGGAAGACCAAAAGCGAAAGUUUGCCGACGACCGGGAUGGGUAUCUCCAGUACCGCAAGAACGUGGAGCAUGAGCUCAACAGCCGUUUCAUGAUGCUGCAUAGAGACACGCCGGAACAGGCUGCUGCCGUGGACUUUGCCACCAAGGACAUGACGGCGAAAUUGGGUGGGCCUGAGAAUCCGCUGGUGGACUUUAUCAUUCCCAAGUUCAGCGUCGGCUGUCGUCGACCGACCCCGGGGACAGGAUACCUCGAAGCCCUCACACAGCCGAAUGUCCGGGUAGUGACAGGCACGGAGAUCUUACAUGUCGACGAGACGGGUCUAGUUCUGGCGACGGGCGAACACGUCGAAAUCGACGUCUUCAUCUGUGCUACUGGGUUUGACCUCUCAUUCCGCCCGCGGUUCCCCAUCAUCGGCCAGGAAGGCCGUGACCUGCGAGAUCUGUGGGCCAAUAGGCCGACGGCUUAUCUGUCGUUGACACCCGCGUAUAUGCCAAACUAUUUCAUGUUCUUGGGCCCGAACUCGCCCGUUGGCCAUGGCAGCGCAAUCCCAAUCAUCGAACACUUCACCAAGUAUAUGUUGCGGAUGAUUCACAAAUGCCAGGUCGAAGGGUACAAAUCUUUCACCCCCUCAGUAACGGCAAUCGAGGAAUUUGUCAGACAUGCCGAUGCCUUCAUGCCGCGCAUGUCUUGGGCCAGCGAAUGUCGCAGUUGGUUCAAGAAUGGGCGCACCGACGGCCCUGUCACGGCGCUGUGGCCUGGCAGCAGGAUCCAUUGGUUCAAGGUCAUGGAUUCUCGGAACAUCCGUUUCGAAGACUGGGAAUGGGCCAAGAUCAAAGACGCCACCACAGGGGCGGAGGUCAAUCGCUGGGCUUUCAUGGGCAAUGGGUUCAGCAACUUGGAGACGAAUGGUGGCGACCUAACUUGGUACUUUGAUCGACCCGAGGAAGGAUACGAGCUAUUGGCAUAUUAG